UCUCAUUCUCGACAAUUUUCUCAUAAAAAAUUGACUUUGUUGGAGGAAAUCGGACUACUCGAAACAACAUGGUCAGCAAACUUCUUCCAACUUCUUUGCCUUUUCUUUUUAUUAUUACGGAGUAUAUCCCAGAAAACUCUUGAUAAAUUUCCAUCGCUGUACCAAGAAAAAAUUCGAAACCGUGCAUUUGCUCAGAAAAUUUAAAGAACGAAAAUGCCUCUGAGAAACGACGACUACAAGUUUCUUCAGAUAGUAGACGCCAUUGCUUCAAUUAACCAAAGAGUCAAUCUCAUUGGCGUUGUCACUGAGAGUGGCUUGCCUAAGCAGUCAAAAGGCACUGACUGUUGUGUUUCAAUCAAAAUUAUUGAUGAGUCUCGGCCGAGUCAUGGAAUUUCAGUCAAUUUUUUCGAGGAGACCGUGGACAAGCUGCCUCAUGUGAUGACAGUGGGGGAUAUUAUUCAGCUUUCUCAAGUUGUGAUGAAAAGCUAUGGACACUAUGGACCUGAUGCUGGUGUUAAUGCUUCAUACCACAAGAAGUUCUCAUCAUUUGCUUUAUAUGAAGGAAAAAAUGGUACAAGCUUCACACCAUACCAAUGUUCUGCUAAAUUUCGUGCCAGUGAACGAGAUAAUCAAUUUAUACUGGGCCUACGAGACUGGUUGGCUGGUGAACAGAUUGAUACAGGGCCUGCUAAUUUGUUACAUUUGAAAGAGUUAAAGGAAGGCAUUGACCUCAAUUUAGUUUGUAAGAUUCUUCAUGCACGUGAAACAAAAAGAGAUGAAUGGAUGCUCUUUGUUUGGGAUGGUACUGACACCCCGCCAGUUUCUAUAAAUACAAAGCUAGAAGAUGAAAUGGAAAGCUCACUGCCUUUACAAUUGGAACCUAUUCCCUUAUCAAGAAAUGUUUUAUGUACAUUCCCACCUCUUGGAACUGUUUUAAGAGUGAUUGUAGACUCUUGUAAUAUAAAGUUUGGUCUAAACUGCAUUAAAACUGGUCAAUGGGUUAAACUCUUAACCCUGAGGUGUGAAGUUAGUUCGUCAUUGUGGCUUGCUGUUCUAGGGCCAUUUUCAAAAUUUGGCUACCUGCCUGAUGACAACGACCUGGUAUUACAACGUAAAAGGAACUAUGAUGAUCGUUUGUCAUCAAAAUUAGGAUGCAUGCCUCUAUCAAGUUUUCCGUGGCAUUCUGGAAUGACACAGACUUCAUGUCCAAGUGUACCCUUCACCACUCUGAUGAAUGUUCUAACAUAUCCCGAGGUGACGUAUAAGUUUCGGUGUGUGGUUCGGGUAGUUGCAUCAUUGCCCUGGAGAGUUUCAGAGUUCCGCUCUCCUUCGGGGACCUAUAGGGUCAGGUUGACACUAGAAGAUCCAACUGCUAGAAUCCAUGCUUUUCUUUAUGCAGAUGAUGCGGAAGAGUUCUUUAGACCUUUCCCAUCAGCUGAUCAAUUAACAACAAAGUGGAAUUUGUUGCUUGGCGUUCCUGUGAGCAGCGCCUAUGGUAGUUGCACUUCUAGAUCUCCUCCAUGGAUUGAGUGCUGUCUGAAGUCUUAUUAUGUCGACAAAAGUGAUGUUUGGGGUAGUAGAAACUAUCAGAUCUUUGCAACAACUUUAGUGGAAUAGCCUUGAACAUUUCCCCCAAAUACUACUGUCAUUUGCAAUCUUUUCUAUAUCAACAUUUUUGGUAAAUAUGUUGGACAUCUUUUCUAUAUCAACAUUUUUGGUAAAUAUGUUGGACACGAAGCAAUUGGAGUCGUAGAGUAAAUUUAUAAAGUUGCGUUCGAGCCCUUCAGUUGUUCUUCAAUGAACUUGGAUUCUGGUUCAACUCUUUUCACUGUAUUAGGUGUGAAUACAGAAGGGAACUGGGAUUGUGUGCG